CUUCAAUUCUCACCUCUCCUCUCCUUCUAAAGGUCCCCUUUCGUCCCUUACAAAAAUGGCCACACUCCUUUCUCUCUUCGUUUCAUUCUUCACCAUCAUCAACAUCAACAUUUUCAUUCUUUUUCUGUAUGCUGCAACUCUCUAUUAUCAUGUCAUCAGCUUCUCUUUCAUCGGUACGUUUCCCUUCCGUUCGGCUCUUGCCAUCUUCAUCUUCUUCUUCUUCUCGACCAAAGACAUGGGUGCUUGCCACGCCAGCAGUCGCCCCAGUGGCGGGUGCUGAGGUGGAUGCUGCCAGGUUGGAACCGAGAGUGGAGGAGAAGGAUGGUUACUUUGUGUUGAAGGAGAAGUUUAGAGGAGGGAUUAAUCCUCAAGAGAAGGUUAAGAUUGAGAAAGAUCCGAUGAAGCUUUUUAUGGAGAAUGAAAUUGAAGAACUUGCUAAGAUGUCAAUGGAGGAGAUUGAUAAAGCUAAGAUUACUAAGGAUGAUAUUGAUGUUAGGCUCAAGUGGCUUGGUUUGUUUCACAGGAGAAAGCAUCAGUAUGGUAGAUUUAUGAUGAGAUUGAAGCUGCCAAAUGGGGUAACAACAAGUGCACAAACAAGAUACUUGGCCAGUGUGAUAAGAAAAUAUGGGAAGGAUGGUUGUGCAGAUGUGACUACCAGGCAAAACUGGCAAAUUCGCGGUGUGGUUUUGCCUGAUGUACCGGACAUUCUUAAGGGUCUUGCUGAAGUGGGCUUGACAAGUCUACAGAGUGGUAUGGACAAUGUGAGAAAUCCUGUUGGUAAUCCUAUUGCAGGUAUCGACCCUGACGAAAUUAUUGAUACUCGGCCUUAUACCAACUUGCUCUCCCAUUUCAUCACUGCCAAUGCACAGGGCAAUCCUACUAUCACUAACUUGCCAAGGAAGUGGAAUGUGUGUGUAGUGGGUACCCAUGAUCUUUUUGAACAUCCUCACAUCAAUGAUCUUGCUUACAUGCCUGCUACAAAGAAUGGACGGUUUGGAUUCAACCUGCUUGUGGGUGGGUUCUUUAGUCCCAAGCGAUGUGCAGAGGCAAUACCUCUUGAUGCCUGGGUCUCGGCUGAUGAUGUGAUACCUCUGUGCAAAGCUGUAUUAGAGGCUUACAGAGAUCUUGGUUAUAGAGGAAAUAGGCAGAAAACAAGAAUGAUGUGGUUAAUUGAUGAACUUGGUGUUGAAGGAUUCAGGGCGGAGGUCAAGAAGAGAAUGCCUGAACAAAAGCUGGAGAGAGCGUCAUCGGAAGACCUGAUACAGAAGCAAUGGGAGAGGAGGGAUUAUCUUGGUGUACAUCCACAAAAACAGGAAGGAUUUAGCUAUGUAGGUCUUCACAUUCCAGUUGGUCGAGUCCAGGCAGAUGACAUGGAUGAGCUAGCUCGUUUAGCAGACACAUAUGGAUCAGGCGAACUCCGUCUCACAGUAGAGCAGAACAUCAUAAUUCCCCACAUUGAGAAUUCAAAACUCGAAGCCUUGCUUAAAGAGCCUUUACUAAACAAGUUUUCACCGGAGCCACCUAUUCUCAUGAAAGGCUUAGUUGCCUGCACAGGAAAUCAGUUUUGUGGGCAAGCAAUUAUCGAGACAAAAGCAAGGGCCUUAAAGGUGACUGAGGAGGUGCAGAGGCUCGUAGCGGUUACACAGCCGGUGAGGAUGCAUUGGACUGGUUGUCCUAACACAUGUGGGCAAGUUCAAGUUGCUGAUAUUGGUUUCUUGGGGUGCAUGGCAAGGGACGAGAAUGGGAAGCCUGUUGAAGGAGUUGAUGUGUUCUUGGGAGGGAGAAUCGGGAGCGACUCGCAUUUGGGAGAACUUUACAAGAAGGGUGUGCCUUGUAAGAAUUUGGUGCCAGUAGUCGUCGACAUUUUAGUGAAACAUUUUGGAGCUGUCCCUAGAGAGAGGGAAGAAGCUGAAGAUUGAUUGUAUGUUGAGAGUAGUUCAUUGUUGUUUCUUUUACCAAGGAUGGAGGGAUCAAUGUAUGGAA